GAGAGAUGGAGGGAGCCGUUCAUCCAUCGGGAGGAGGAGGAGCUCCGGCGCUACCUGUCCUGUCGGUGCAAUCUGUUGUCCCUCUGAUCAGCUUAGAAGCGUUAAAGCUUUCCAGCAGCGAGCACUGAGGCACCGGGAGGCAGACGCAGCGUCACGCCGCCGCUCUCGCUCAUUCAACAGCGGCGGGGAACGCUACAUUCCGCCCCCACCCAUCUCCACCUCCCACCCACCACAUCGUUUUCCAAUGGAUACCUGCAGGGCGCACGUCUGGGCGUUCCAGGUCCUGCUCCUCCUGAGUGCGUCGCGGGCUUCCCAGUUCCCCUCCCAGCUCCUGAUUAAAGAAUGGGUUGAUCAGAUGCAGAAAGAACUCAUCACUCUGGCCGACACCGCCACAGCAGGCAAGAGUCUCACCCAGAUUUUCUUAAGGAACAAGCACCUCUAUAGUGUGGAGCAGAAUGACGCCGAGGAGCUGGUGGCCAGAGCGGCCAUGAACAUUGAACAACUGUUGCGCAAGAGGUCAACAGCCUUGGAGAAACUGGCUACAGCUGCCGAGAAGUUCCAGAUGAAACAUCAGUGGAAAGAUGAGUUUGAGGAUGAUGAAAUUGCAUACUACAAUUCCAAGGACAAUCUGGAUUCAAACGAAACUGAGGGACGCAAAUCCCGACUACGGCCCGACUUUAAGGAGGAUCCGUCGUUUAGACGCCUCACGGAUCACAGCCACACGGCUGUGCACAUCCCCACCGACAUCUAUGAUGGCUCAACCAUUGUGCUGAACGAGCUGAACUGGACCGAGGCUCUGGAGGACGUGUUUAAGAAAAACAGAGAGGACGAUCCCACCCUUCUUUGGCAGGUGUUUGGAAGCGCUACAGGUCUGGCCCGCUACUACCCAGCGUCUCCCUGGAUGGAUGCUCGCAAGACACCCAGUAAAAUUGACCUGUAUGACGUACGCAGGAGACCCUGGUACAUUCAAGGAGCCGCCUCCCCCAAAGACAUGCUCAUCCUGGUGGACGCGAGUGGCAGCGUUUCCGGCCUGACGCUCAAACUGAUCCGGACAUCCGUCAGCGAGAUGCUGGAGACGCUGUCGGAUGACGAUUACGUCAACGUGGUUUAUUUCAACACUAUGGUGAAGAAGACGGCGUGCUUUGACCAUCUGGUUCAAGCCAACGUGAGGAACAAGAAGCUGCUGAAGGAUGCUGUGCAGAACAUCACGGCCAAGGGCAUCACCAACUAUACCAAGGGAUUCGAAUUUGCAUUUGAGCAGCUCGCUGCGACAAAUAUAAGCAGAGCAAAUUGUAAUAAGAUCAUCAUGCUGUUUACCGAUGGAGGAGAAGAGCGAGCACGGGCCAUACUGGAGAAAUACAACGCUGACAAAAAAGUGAGGAUCUUCACCUUCUCCGUGGGACAGCACAACUACGAUAAGGGACCCAUUCAGUGGAUGGCCUGUUCCAACAAAGGGUAUUUCUACGAGAUCCCCUCCAUUGGAGCCAUAAGAAUCAACACACAGGAGUACCUGGAUGUCCUGGGCAGACCCAUGGUUCUUGCGGACAAGCAGGCCAAACAAGUGCAGUGGACCAACGUGUACCUCGAUGCACUGGAACUCGGUCUGGUCAUUACCGGGACCCUUCCCGUCUUCAAUAAGACCAAAACCAAAGACGACAGGAAUGGGGAGCAUCAGAAUCAGCUCAUUCUCGGCGUGAUGGGCAUCGACGUGUCGUUGAAUGACAUCAAGAAGCUCACGCCACGUUUCACAAUUGGCCCAAAUGGAUACUACUUUGCCAUUGAUCCCAACGGCUAUGUCUUGCUGCACCCUAAUCUCCAACCAAAGAAUCCUAAAUUCCAGGAGCCGGUUACUCUCGACUUCCUGGAUGCAGAGCUGGAGAAUGACAUUAAAGUAGAGAUCAGGAGAAUGAUGAUCGAUGGCGAGAUCGGGGCGCGGACUAUUCAGACCCUGGUGAAAACUCAGGAUGAGAGAUACAUUGAUAGAGGAGUAAGAACAUACACUUGGGCACCAGUCAAUGGAACCGAUUACAGCCUGGCUCUGGUUCUGCCGAAAUACAGCGAGCACUUCAUUCAAGCCAAACUCGGCGAUGACAUCAAGCAAGCAAUGUCAUCGUCUUGGGGGCAAAUAGUGAUGGAAACCCUCCAGCUGGAGAAUUUUGACAACUUUGGUCACACCUUCAUCGCUCCACGGGAGUACUGCAAAGAGCUGACGUUGUCGCUCAACAACACCCAGUUUCUCCUCGAUUUCAACCAGUACAUUGAUAGGAACACUCCAGAUGCAUGCAACGUAUCCCUUGUGAGUCGACUCAUCUUGGAUGCGGGCCUGACAGCCGAGCUGGUUGACUUGUGGAGAGAGCAGAAAGUGAAUGGGACAGUGGCCAGGUUUGUAGCCACAGAUGGAGGAAUCACAAGAGUCUUCCCGAGAAGCGCCGGAGAAGAUUGGUUGGAGAACCCAGAGACGUAUGAAUCCAGCUUCUACAAGAGAGCCUUGGACAACGACAUCUACAUUUUCACAGCUCCGUCUUUUAACAUUGCAGCAGAAGGCCGAGAGAGCGUGUCCGAAUCUGGUAUCCUCGUCAGCAAAGCCGUAGAUCUCACCAUCAAUGAAGUCACGCUUAAGCCGGCGGUGGUGGGAGUGAAACUGAAUGUCACUUUUUGGAUGAACAGUUUCAUGAACGCCACACUCAAAGAGAAUUGCAAAGAUGAGAUCUGUGGCUGUAUGAGGAAUGACAAGCAUGUAGACUGUGUCAUCCUGGAUGAUGGAGGCUUUCUGCUCAUGUCCAAUCAGGAUGAUUACAUUAGCUUGAUGGGUCAGUUCUUUGGCGAGGUGGAUCCCGUUCUGAUGAUCAACCUGGUCAACACGUCUUUGUACUCCUUCAACAAGACCUACGACUACCAGUCUGUUUGUGACCCGGAGAAAGACAGCAAGGCUGCGGCGGGGCCUUGCUCUGUCUACGUGCCAACCAUCGCAGACUUGCUCAAUAUUGGCUGGUGGGCUUCCACUGCUGCCUGGUCGAUACUCCAGCAGCUCUUCUAUGGCCUCGUGUUCCCCAAUCUUCUGGAGGCAGCGGAGUCAUCGGAUGAGGACAUUCCUGACGCCAUGUUUAAAGAAAGCUGCAUCACGGAGCAGACGCAAUACUUCUUUGACAACAAUGAAAGAUCCUACUCAGGGGUCCUGGACUGUGGAAACUGUUCAAGGAUGUAUCGAGCGGAGAAGCUUCCAAACACCAACCUGGUGUUCCUGAUCACCGACGCCAAGGCCACGUGUUUGUCAUGUGAUCCCAGGCCGCUGCGACAAGCCGAACAACCCUCUGAAGGUCCAGAUCCAUGCGAACUGGCCCAGAACCCGAGGUACCGCAAAGGGCCCGACGUGUGCUUCGACAACAAUGAAAAUGAAGACGACUCUGAUUGCGGCGGCGGGACCGGCCUGAGCCCGAGCCUUGGGACUACGCUCGCGCUCCAGCUGCUUCUGCUGCUGUGGCUCGGCACGCCUUCGCCAAGCUCCUGACGCCUUAUAAACGUCCAAACCCACAUGGCUCGAAAGACUCUUAGCAUAAAUUGAGGCAGCGAAAACGCUCUCAACAAGCGGUCUCAUGUGAGAUGAGGAGGCCGCAGGAUGUCCUCCGCGACAGUUUGAAGAUGAUUUCAGCAACGCGGUGUUAUUUUGUUCCCCACGCAGUCUCGGCGUCUACAUUUUCUGAUGCCAAAGGUUUCUCGCUCAUUUUCUUUUCAUCACUAACCCUCAACUGCUUGUUUUCAUGCUGCACCCUAGAAUAGUCCACUUGGGGGUGCAAGGGUAAGCACGAACCAAACCCUUUAAUUCUGUUUCGUUCAAGAUUGUGUGCUCACUGACAACGUUGAUUUGUGUAGUUGUUGCUAUUGUUUGUAUCGAUUGCGUAUUAAGGGCGAUGAACCCAACAUCCCAUUACUCUUUUUGUCGUCGAGUAUUUAAACAUUUACUGUACCUGCUCAACAGGCAUUUUGCUACUGGCUCAGUGUUGUAUCGUAGUGGUGUGCGCUUCAUAUCAAACAAAGGACAAUAUACCUGGUAAUCUGAGCCAUACCACCAAAAAAUGUUAAAUUAACACGCCCACAAAAUGUUGUUUCAAGUCUUACCGUUUUGAAUUGCGCGCAUACGAGCACAGGCAGAGACAUUGGAACUUUCACUAACAACCCAGGCUAAACUCCUCACCGAUAUAUUGAGAGACUUGAGAUGUAUCACGUCGACAUAUUUCAUUGAGUCCAAUUCCUUAUCAGGUUGAGCUGAUUUGCCAUCUUGUAACAUGUUAAAUUUUUACAGAGAGAAAAGGUUUUUCAGCACAUAAUAGAGGAUAAAAAUACCAAUCUAUCUUUUCAUAAUGUUUGCAAACAAGAGAGAAACGGCUCCUUUCAAGGAGCCGAAAAGGAAAUUGACCACUGCUGACUUGAAAUGAAAAGGACAACAAAAACUUGGAUUUGGCCUUGGGCUAUCUUAUAUACCUCUAUCCCCAAAGAUUUUUUGUUUGUUUGUUUUUCGGGGGUUUUUUUUCUGUUUCCGUAAAAAAAUAAUUAAAAAUGAAUCCAGUGGAACUGUGGCUGUGGGGGAUAAAUGCAAAAGAUCGCCAGACUGCCUUUUGGCAGAUUUGGUUUGUUGACUGAUGGUGGCACUGAAGAUUGCUUGAGUGUUUGCCACCUGGAGGGAUGUGUGAUGUCAUGAUGAAAAGGAAGGAAAAUUGAACCACAAAGUGGUCAAAAAUGACACCAACGCCCCCCGGUAUCAAAUUGAACAUUUUUAUUCGGUUUUUGGGUUUCCUUUACUUGAUGCAUUGAAUUCCCGGUGCCUGCGUCUUAACUCAGAUGCCCGUUUUUCCACUGCACAGUGCCUACAUUCGCCAUUUGAAGAAAACAAGGCACCACCUCCAGUUCCUGGUCAGCCGGGGUUACAAGCAUCUGUGUAGAAAUGAC